AUGUAUUCCACAGCGCUUUCCGGAGUGCAGGGUUUGCUUCAACCAGAUACCGACUGGGUUUACACCAAGAAGCGAGAGGCUCAGGAGAUCAUCCCUGGUCUGUGGCUCGGCCCUUUCGGGGCAGCGCGGGAUCAGGAGUUCCUGAAGCGGGUCCACAUUACAGAUGCUUUGGUAGUCCGAGCACCAGAAGAAGCCAGAAUUAUUUGUCCGAAAUACCCAGACUUCAUCCACUACGAGGUGCUGGAAUGCCGUGACAACCCCUUUGAGAACAUCAUUCGCUUCUUUCCAAAUGUGAAGCAGCUCCUCGAUGGUGUUCUCGCCAGAGGUGGUCGGAUCUUAGUUCAUGGCAAUGCUGGCAUGUCUCGGUCUGCCGCACUUGUUGUUGCGUAUGUGAUGGAAAAGUUCAAUCUUCCAUCAGACCAAGCCCACACCUAUGUGCUGACCCGACGGCAUUGUAUCUCCAUCAACGAGGGCUUUCGAAAUCAGAUCCGGGAGUACGAGAUGCUGCACAGAGUGCAGCUGCAAAUCAACAGUGGUUUGCUACCAGCCCUGGGGCAAUCAGCUGGCCCUCAGGGGCAAAAGAGGGGCCUGGAGAUGAUGGACACCUCUGAGUGUACAAAUGAGAAUCCCAUGCAGUAA